AUGUCACUGGCUGUUCUGUGCUGGACGGCGGUCUACGCGGUGCUGCUCUCGUCCACAGACGCUUCGCUUCUUGGCGAGAAUGGCGCCCGAGUUCUCCGAGCCGAGUCGACAACAGAUUGGCCGAGUUUUUCCAUCCUCGUCAGGCCGCAGUUCAAGUCCUCUCCUGAUGUCAACUAUACCAUGGAAGCCAAACCAGUCGGAUCGGAAGGCGGGAAAAUGCUCUACGAUGUCUACGCGAGAUUUGACAAGUACUCUGUGCCUGGUCUGGACAAGUCGGUCAUCUCCUACAGGCAGACGGGUGGAUACGCCACCGUGAUCGACAUGUCGAAUAUGACGGCGCCCUCUGUGUGUUUGGACUCGGAGUCAGGCGCCUACCCGAUUCCGCCGAUCAAUGCGCUUAUCGAGGGAAUCAUGAAACAGCAAUCGGAUAUGCCAGGUACCAGGCCUGUUGAUUAUUGCGCGGCUGAAUACGACGUCGUGAUCAAUCACAAGAGCUACGCCGUCUGUGAAUCGGGGUACAAUCGCUUCAUUGAGAUAAUUGUUGGCGACAUGGUCAUUAAUUUGACGCGAAAGGACGACGUGGACGUGCGAUCGAACGGCGGUCCAGAUUCUGGGUGUGAACAGGUGGUGAAGCCGUUCGUCACGACUUCUAACAUAAAGGACUUGGUCAGAUUCAAUGAACACUCGUAG